AGCGGAGGUGGGAACCAUCUUUGCCCUGAGCUGGCUCAUCACGUGGUACGGCCACGUCCUCACCAGCUUCCCCCACAUCCUGCGCCUCUACGACUUCUUCCUGGCCUCGCACCCGCUCAUGCCUGUCUACUUUGCUGCCGUGAUCGUCCUGCACCGGGAGGAGGAGGUGCUGGCGUGUGACUGCGACAUGCCCAGCGUCCACCAGCUUCUGUCCCAAAUCCCCCAGAACCUUCCGUACGAGAGCCUCAUCUCCCGGGCCCUCCGGCUCUUCCAGCGUCACCCGCAUGCCGAGCUGGCCAAGCAGGCGGCUCUGCACCACCACAAGAGCAUCUCCAUCGGCUCCUUCACUGCCUUCCAGCUGGCCACGUCCCACCAGCGCCCGGACGCCGUGCUGCGCAGACAGCGGCAGCAGGACAGCGCCCACGCCGAAGCCACUGCUCUCCUGCCCACGGCCGGGCACAGCCCGCUGGUGAAAGCAGCCGUGUGGGGGAUUUCAGCCACGCUGGGGGCAGCGGCUCUGGCCGUCACGCACACUGCCCUGGAGUGGGCACCGGAGUUCUUACUGCAGCUCUUCUAGCACCCGGCAAGCCAGCCAAGACCCUGCGGCCGGCGCGGGCCA